AUGGCUGUGAAAGUGAGGAAUCUACUGAUGUUGAUUGUCGCGGUUAACAUUCAAAUAGUUUGCAGUUCAAAUAGAGUUACAGAUAUUGAUAUGUCUAUGAACUCGGAUACAGAAACUUAUCAAUAUUCCAAAGAAUUCCUUAAGGCGUUACAUAGCCUGGAAUUGUACAUUCAACAUGAGUCUGAUAAACUUGAUGGCUUAGACGAUGAUGAGACAGAUAUGCAGGAGAACGAUACGAUAGAAGAUCAGAAAAGACCAUUCGUAGGAGGAGGCACGACAAGAGGAUACAAACUGGGAAAACGAAAAAAUCAACUUUAUGACGAAAAUAAACAAGAUAAGAGCAUAAAAUCACUUUUGUCAGAAGUUAAUUCAUUUGAAAAAAAUAUUCCACGUGAUGAAUACCAAUUUGCAGACGACAGUUAUAAUGAUUUUCAAAUCAUUCAGGAUGUAAAGCGACCAUUUGUAUUAGGAAAUUUCAAAUUUGGGAAGCGGUCAUCAUCUCAAAUACACCAGGAAAAUGAUGAUGCUAUGUAUUUCGGCGAAUCAGACUACAACACUGAAGAAAAAAGGCCUUUUGUAUUUAAAGGGGGUUUUGAUAAGAAAAAUAAACGCUUAAUAAUCAAUAGCAGACAACCAUUUGUCUUACAUGGAUUUGAUUUUGUAAAGCCGAGAGCUAAUACUGGAAUCUUAUCCAAUGACUUAAAAAGACCAUUUGUAUUCACUAGUGGAUAUAAUUUUGGAAAACGGCAACAAGAAAAUGACGUUUUUCUUGAGGAAAACAAAAGACCAUUUGUCUUUAGUGGAAGAUAUAAGUUACAAAAAAAUGGCAUAUUGCAUGACCAAUCUUUAAAUACCAUAUCACCUAAAGGAAGGUAUGAAGAAAACAGUCACAUUGUGAAAAGACCUUUUGUAAUGGGUGGUUAUAGAAGAAAUGGGAAACAACCAUCAGUCAUACAUCAAAAUUUUAUUGGAAGGCAUCCACUGUUUAUAGGAAGUGGUUUCCGUUUUGGAAAGCGAGGACAUUGGGAAGGACAAGAAGAUGGGUUACCUGGCAAUGGCAUACAAUUAUUAAGGCCUAAUUAUCAAGCUAGUCUUUCGGGAAUUGAAGAAAAUAUACAGAAAUCCCCAUUAGUUUUAGACAAUAGUUAUCCGGUAGAUAAAAUACCAUUUGUUAUAUAUGGUGGCUAUCACAGUAAUAUAAAACGACCACUUAUUUUUAGGAGUUCAUUAAAACAACGAGAUACACCACAUCCAGAGAAUCGGAAUAAAAAGCGACAACAUGCUAUGCUAUUUCAAGGAGAAAGUCAAUCGUUUCCUCUUGAAAUUAUACCGAAAGAACCUUUUGCAAAAACCCCAGGAAAAAUAUUUCCGGACAUACCAAAGCGAUCAUUUUCUUUUCGGUAUGGUUAUCACUUUGGUAAAAUACGAAAUGAAGCAAAGUCUGAUUUUAGAAAGCUACCGUAUGACCAACAAAUGCGUCCUGAAAAAUCAUUUAUUUCGAAUAGUCCCGACGACAGUUUAUCCUUUCAACCCAUAAAGCGACCAUUCACGACCAGUGGCAACUAUAAAUCAAGAAUUGGAAAAAGACCGUUUGUCCUAAGCGGACGUCGAAUCGGGUAUAAAUUUGGAUAGUAAUUUCUUAAUUUACGAAAUCAUUCAAUUAUAUAUUGCUGGUUUAAAAAGAGAGAACAUAUUGUUUCUUUGAUGAAAACUUACAUUUGUUGUCUUUUGCAUAGUCCAACGAUGCAACAACGACAAUGAGACUUCGUUGUGGAGAUUAAUACUUAUAUUUGGCAUUUUCAGUCCAAGCACAAUCAAUAGAUACGCCUUAUCUCCUCUUUGUGUACUUGUAAUGAUUUCCUUGUAAUAGUAUUGUUAUUUUAUAUUUAAAGAAAUUAAUUUUUAUAAUUAUGCUUGUAAAUAUUAAUCUGUACAUAUAGUUUAGUUUGUUUUAAGUGUAGCUAAUAUUCAUGUGCUAGGUGCAUACGUGGACUUUUGAAUUGUCCGAUUUUUUGACUUGUUUGAAUAUUUUCUGUAUGCAAUCGUUGUAGAAUUUUGUUGUCGAUAUUAUAGUGAAAAAAGGAAUACACUCAUAGUUUUACUUAUACUACAUUUCUUCAACUUCAUGCAGUUUCUGACACCACUAGCGUGUUUUUUCUUAUCUCCAUAUCAGUAUAUUUUAAUAUUUAAUAAACCGGAAAAAAACUGCAUUCAGUUUGGGACAAUGAUUUUUGCAGACUUUCUCUUUAUCAUUUGUUUCUUUUUUUGAUCGUCAUGAUAUGUAAAACCCUAUACAAGAGAAAUUUAUUAUGGUAAAAAUUUAAUGUGUUUGUACUACGAUAUUUAAUAGCUGUCACUAAAUCUCUUGUUCUGCAGUCUAUCUUGAAGAAAAUUUAUGAUCUCUGCUGUCUCUUUUUACUUCGUCAAUACUUGUCUAAAUGUUCUGACACAUAUAGCUUGCCAUUUGA